AUGGCUGACGGUCCAUCCUCCUCUUUUCCCCACAACUUGCAGCCCUCAGUGUACCAAAGGGAUGCCUUUCCUAUCUCCCAGCACAAGGGCGGCUGGUACCGUCGAGAGGCCUUUCCCUACGUGUUCAGCACGAGGGCGUCACCCUCGGUGUACCGAAGGGAGGCCUUCCCCUAUGUGCUCAGCACGAGAGCAUCGGUGCCCUUCCGGUCAGAGGAUGGCGUGUGGAAUCGUAGGGGAAUCGUGCUGGGCGGUGGCAGCUCUGUCAACGCCGGCUUCUACAGGCGCCUCAAAAACGACCUUAUAGAGUGUGGAGCCGGAGGGGGGUUGAGCUGGGUGUUGGCAACUCUUGUCAACGCUGGCUUUCACAGCACCUUCUGGCACCGGCUGAUUUCGUCCGACCCUCCUCCUUUCCCACCUCUCACUCCCCUUCUCUGUUCCCCCGUCCCCACCCCACCUUCCCCCCACUCCAGCCGGGCGUCAGCGGAUUUCAUCCAGGCAGCAGGGUGGGACCCAGUGAGGGUGCGGCAGGCAUUCGAGUGGGUGGAGGAGAGAAUCGCCUUUGUGCCUCAGCAGCAGCCGGGGGGAUGGCAGCAGGCGUUCAGGGAUGGCAUGCUGGAGGCGGGGCUGGGGCCGUGGAGGGGGCAGACGCCCGAGCACGUGAUUGGGACCAAGAAGAAGGGUGGGGGGGAGAGGCAGCAGCAGGCAGGGGGGUGGCAGCAGGCGUUCAGGAAUGGCAUGCUGGAGGCGGGGCUGGGGCCGUGGAGGGGUCAGACGCCCGAGCACGUGAUUGGGACCAAGCUGGCCAACAGCAUAUUCGACAGCAACAGCACGCGCAGGUCAGCAGCAGACCUGCUCAAAGCGGGAGACACCCCUCCCACUCCUCUCCACUCCUCCCCACUCCUUACCCCUACCCAUCCGCCGCAUUCUUCCCCAACCCCCCUGCUCCCACAGCUGGCCAACAGCAUAUUCGACAGCAACGGCACGCGCAGGUCAGCAGCGGAUCUGCUCAAGGCGGGAGACCCAUCCCGGCUGACAGUGCUCAUAUACGCCACGGUGCAGCGCAUCCUGCUGGACGUCACAAGCGGUAUACCCAUCCCGGCUGAGCUGACAGUGCUUGCAUAUGCCACGGUGCAGCGCAUCCUGCUGGACAUCAGUAGCGGUAUGUGUGUGUGUUCAUGGUGCGUGGUGCAUGGCCGAUUUUUGAGUCGACUCAAAAAUGGAUGUCACAAGCGGUAUGUGUGUGUGUUCAUGGUGCGUGGUGCAUGGUUCGUGGUGCAUAAUGAUCCAACUUCCAUCCCUUCCCUACUCCUUCUGCUCCCAUCGGCCCUUGCCCUGCCUCCCCUCUCGCACCCCCCAGGCACCCCACGAGCAGUGGGAGUGGUAUUUACAGACAGCACCAACCGCCGCCACACAGCCCUGUUGAACCCAGGAGGCGAGGUGCUGCUUGCAGUGGGCGCACUGGGGUUGCCGCAGCCAUCGUCCCUACCCCCUUCCUCCCCUCCCCUCCCCUCCCUGACAGGCACCCCACGAGCAGCAGGCGUGGUGUUCACAGACAGCACCAACCGCCGCCACAUCGCGCGUUUAAACCCGGGAGGCGAGGUGCUGCUGGCAGCGGGUGCGCUUGGGUCACCGCAGCUGCUGCUGCUGAGCGGGCUGGGACCCAGAGAGAAGCUGGAACCGCUGGGGGUGCCGGUGGUGGUGGAGGUGCCGGGGGUGGGCGUGAACGUGACUGAUGUGCCGAUUAACGGCAUCAACGUGCUGUCUCCCAGGCCUGUUGAGGAGUCGUCCUUGCAGUUCGUGGCUGUGACACCGGAAGGUAACAUCAUAGAGGGUGCAUCGGGGUCGAACCACACUCUCAGCUGGCCGGGAGCAGGCGAGCUCAACACAGCCCCGCCCAUCAACCGCACGGGGGAGACAGAGGCGAUGAUUGAAGCCAUGCUGCCGUUCAUCCCCGGCUUCAUUCAAGACGCUCUGAAUCAAGCUGGCUUCAUCUUACACAAGGUAGGGAGUGGUGCAGUGCGCCAUGCUGCCGUUCUCCCCUUCAUCGCCCCCUCGCCUCUCUCCCCCAUCACCCCUCUCCCCCCCAUCACCCCUCUCCCACCCUUGGCUCUCCCCCUCAUCGCCCCUCUACCCCUCAUCGCCCCUCUACCCCUCAUCGCCCCUCUACCCCUCAUCGCCCCUCUCCCCCUCAUGGCCCCUCUACCCCUCAUCGCCCCUCUCCCCCUCAUGGCCCCUCUACCCCUCAUCGCCCCUCUCCCCCUCAUCGCCCCUCUACCCCUCAUCGCCCCUCUCCCCCUCAUGGCCCCUCUACCCCUCAUCGCCCCUCUCCCUCUCAUGGCCCCUCUCCCCCUCAUGGCCCCUCUCGGCCACAGGUCUACCUGCCGGCCUCUCGAGGCUCCCUAA